AAUGGUGAAAAAUAAAAAUAAAUAGAAUGCCAUAAGACUUUUUUAAGACUCUGAACCAAACAGCAAAAUGGCAAGCACCCUUUCCUUCACUUAACUCCAUCCACCCAAAAAUAACACAUAUUAGAAGUAAGAAAUUUAAUGUUUUUACAACUACCCCUUGUGAUAAUUCAUUAAUGCCACCCCCCUUGAGCCAACUAUCAUCCUUCAAACUUUUCUCUAUAAAAUUCAUCCCCAUUUCAAAUCCCUUUCUUCUCAUUCCACCACAACAAUUAAUUACAACAUCCUAGUCAAAUUUCAUUUCUUUUAUUUAUUCCAUAAUUUCUCAAAAAACCCACAAAAAAAAAAAAGAAAUUAAACCAUGGAGAAUGGGAUUAAGAAAAAUGAAAAUGGGUUUGAUAAGAAUGAUUUAGAUUUUUCAUCAAUCAAGGUGAAAAUAACCCAAAAAACCCAUGUACAACCCAAGAAAAAAAUAGGAAGAAAAGAAUGUCAAUUAAUUACAUUUGAUAUUCCUUACUUGGGUUUUUUCUACAACCAAAAAUUAAUGAUUUACAGACAAAAUGGGAGUGAUUUUGAGGAAUUAGUGAAGAAACUUAAGGAUGGAUUAAGUGUUGUGUUGGAAGAAUUUUACCAAUUAGCAGGAAGAUUAGGAAGGGAUGAUGAUGGUGUGUUUAAGGUGAUGUAUGAUGAUGAUAUGGAUGGCGUUGAAGUAUUGGAAGCCAUUGUUGAUGAUAACCAUGAUGGUAUGAUGGUUAGUGUUAAUGAUUUGGCUUUAAAAGAAGAUAUUACCAUGAUGAAAGAUUUGGUUCCUUACAAUGGUGUCCUUAAUUUGGAGGGUCUUCAACGUCCCCUCUUGGCUAUUCAGCUUACCAAGCUUCGUGAUGGGCUGGCAAUGGGAUGUGCUUUUAACCAUGCAGUCUUAGAUGGAUCCUCCACAUGGCACUUCAUGAGCUCAUGGGCCGAAAUCUGCAAUGGGGCCCAUUCAAUCUCUGUUCUACCCUUCCUGGACCGUACCAAGGCUCGCUCCACGCGCAUCAGCAUUGAUAUUCCUGACGCGCCGCUGCAGCCAGACAUCACCGCCGCUCCGAAACUUCGCGAGAAGCUUUUCCGAUUUCCGGCUACCGCAAUUGAGAAAAUAAAGUCAACCCACAACUCAGCUAAUCCAGCCAAUGGGACCCUCACAGCCUCUGACCCACCGUUCUCCACAUUCCAAGCUCUCUCAUCCCACUUAUGGCGGGCUGUCACGAAGGCGCGUGAGCUCAAACCCGAAGACCCCACUGUAUUCACUAUCUUUGCUGACUGCCGGAAAAGAGUGGACCCCCCAAUGCCGGAAAGUUUCUUCGGAAACCUUAUUCAGGCAAUCUUCACAGGAACAGCAUCUGGCUUAUUACUCGGACACCCACCGGAGUUCGCCGCUGGAAUGGUCAAGGCAGCAAUCGCCGCCCAUGACAUGACGGCAAUCGAUAAAAGGAAUUCAGAAUUUGAGGCCAAACCCUUCAUUUUCCAAUACAAAGAUGCCGGUAUGAACUGUGUGGCCGUCGGAAGCUCACCGCGAUUUAAGGUCUACGAUGUCGAUUUCGGUUUUGGAAAACCGGAGAGGGUUCGAAGCGGUUCAAAUAACCGGUUUGAUGGGAUGGUGUAUUUGUACCCGGAGAAAGGAGGAGGAAAGGGGAUUGAUGUGGAGAUAAGCUUGGAGGUUAAUGCUAUGGAUAAGUUGGAGAAGGAUAUGGAGUUUUUAAUGGAUGGUGAUGUUGUUUAAUUUUGCAUGAUUAUAUAAAAAAAAAAUAUAUAUAUGUUUGGUAUGUAAAAUACAAGUUUGCAUGUUUUAUUUUGAGUUUGGCAUGUAUAAUUGUUGUUGGGGGUUACAACAAAAUGGAGUUGGGCAAAAAUGGAUAUCUUGGUAAACAAGGAAACCAUUUUGCAUAGCUCCAUUUAUUUUAUUUAGGGUAUGAUUUGAGUCAUAAACUAUAAGACUUGAUUGGGAUUAUUGAGAUUAUUACUUUAGGAACAAAGAAAGGAGUGUCCUCUCUUGUUUUAAAAUAAACAUUAUUUUGAAGGGAAAAGUAUAUGAAGUUUGUUUAGAAAA